AUACAUAUACGUAUUUUAUACACAAUAUUUAAGAAAAGCUUAUCAACAUUCUGUUUGUUUUGGUUUUAUUGUUUCUAAAAGAAAAAACAAAAAUACUCUGUUUAUUUUCUAUUUUGCGCACCUCAAAAAUUCUUUAGUUGAAAGUGAAAGGCACCGCUGCACCUCUGUGUGAAAUGUUGUCUCCGGCAUCACAGCACAACAACAAACAGCAUAAAAACAUAAAUCAGUAAAGGGCAAAAGGAAAUUAUUGCAGAAAUGUUUGACAUAAAGUCAGCAAGCCGAAGCCUUUAAAUUAUUUAUUCGAUGCGCAGCAAAUUGGCCAAAAUGCGUUUGCAACAACGCUUCAACAGCAGCAGCACCAGCAGCGGCAACACCAACAACAACGCUAGCAGCACAAUGGCAGCACAAGCAAUUGUCGGCAGCAAUCGAAGCAACAAUCAACGCGCCAAAAUACCAAAUCUCAUCAACAACAAUCGCAACAAUCACAACAACAAUGUCUACAACAAGCUGCGCAGCAAAGCUAAC